AUGUUUUCUCCCUCCGCGAGCGAAGGCGGCCCUGCCACCGCCACGCGAAGCAGAAGACGCCAGCGGCCCGUCAGUAAUGAGAGCCUCGCUCAACAACCCAAGGCCAAGCGCCAGCGUCUCCCUCUGACCGAACAGACCUUCACCAACCCCGAUGUAUCGAACGCGCCUGCCCCGGAGAUGUACGAGGUCAAGUCCGACAAAGUUGCGACGCUCGACGUGCGGCAAGACGGCAUCGAAAACCACCACCCCAUCACGCCCACGCCGAGGAAGGAGCUCAGCGUGCGCGCGAAAAAGCCCAAGGGCGGCGAAAGACCUACCAAGGGUGAUGGAAGCGUUGUUUUGACGACGAAUAACGCCUACACCGUGAGCAAACUCCCUGCGCUUCCAGACCGCAUCCGUGCGGAUGCUUCAGCUCAGCAACAUGGCGAUGUUUUCUCGAACGGAUACGCCCUUAGCUUGACCCAUACACACGCCAUCGUCUGGCCAUACACGAACCCUACCCAAUCCCCCGAGACAUUCACCUUCACUCUCCCAUAUCCCUCGAAGCACACUUCAGAACCUCUUCCAUUGGGCUGUCUCGUGUCGCCGUCAGCUUCCUCUACAGAGCCGGGCUUGGUGGUUGUCAUGCCCGUGAGUGGAAAAAUUGCGUACUGGGAGUCCAUCUCGAGCGCGGCAACCCUGGAUUUCAUCCGCCAACAACGACAUGGUGUGGAGGGAUCAAUAUCUGGCAUGUACUCGGGCGAGAGAGUCAUUCAGAUCACCAACGCCGAGUCCGCCGGGUUCGUCCUUGCCUUUACGAGCGGCAGGCUGGCGUACAUGAGCGUUCGCGACGGACACGGCCGACCCACGAUUUCGGUCCAAUUCCUCCGCACGAGCCUGGGACCCGCGGCCGGAGGACUUCUCGGAAGCAUUCGCCAUGCUCUUACGCACACCGCUGGCCGCGGGGAUAUUGCCGCCGUACGAGCAGAACGCACCACUCGCGUCGGCGAACGCAAUGUUGUUGCUGCUACUCUCAAGGGGAGGCUGCACGCAUGGAGGAUCCACCGCGGAGGACACCACGACACGAUUGUUGAGGCGGACAUGCAAGAAGAGAUCAUCGACGCUAUUCGCGAAGUUGAUCCGUCGAGCGGAGAAUUCCACCACGACACAUUCGAGGUUGUCGACCUUGCGUUUGUGCCAAAGGGCUUAGACGCCAAGUACCGGGACAUGAGCAGGCUCAGCAAUGCCAUGGCCUCAGACGACAUCAACUUGCAGCACCUCGUCUUGCUUGUCAGUCUUACAAAGAAGAAAGAGUCGCACUACUCUCUGGUUGAAGUCAUCCUGUCGCCCUCCUCAGCGCAGGUUGGUAUGGUCCGGCCCAUCACCUCAUACAAGGUCCGCUACAGCCCGGCGAACCCACUGCAGGCCGCGAGACCUCGCCUGUAUCUUCCCCGGCCCGCUCUGGUUGCUUUCGUUGUGUUCGACAAGGCAGUUGUGGUCGCGUCAAUUGGUGUUCCCCCGGAGUCACCCGACUCGCAGCUCCAAGAGGAUAAUCACAUCAUUCCUCCUACGUAUGAAGAUGUGAUCAACCUCUCCGACAACAACCAGUCAGAGAUUCUCGGUUCGGGCUUUGAAGAGCCUCAGAACGGCAGCGAAGAACCAAGAAGUCAGCGCCAAAAAACCAAGAACCCAUCAGUCGUUCUCAUCGUGCGUGGUACAGGCGUCGUGCGGUUGAUGACAACAGACAUAGACAGAUUCGGCAGCGACAAGCCCCCGAAAGUCACACCGAAGAGCAAGCUAGAGCAAGCCGUUUUCUUCGGCAACAAGACAGAUACCCCGUUGGUUUUCGAUGGAAGGAAAGGAGUUCAGUUCUCAGACAACGAAAUGGCGGAAGCUGCAGUACAGUUGAGCCAUGAGAUUAUGAGCUCAUCAACACCGCACAUCUCGACGGUACCAGCAUCUCUGGAAGACAAUCUCAGCAACCGCGUAAUCGCCCUGGAACGCUUGAUGGCUCAUCUGAAGCACAUGAAGGUCAACUUGGACAGGCGGACCCGAUGGCUUUUGCUUUCUCACGCUGAGAAGAUGAUGGUCGCCACUAUUAUCUGGAAGAAGCACGAGGUUUUUACGAAUGAACGACCUGCAAACGAUAAGAAGGAUUUGGUCGCAGAAAUCGUUGAGUUCAUCCACCAAGACGACAAGACGACCCCCAACCGGAACGUUGGAGAGCUUGACCGCGUGAGACACUGGUUCAUUCACGACGUGGGCAGGCUAGAGAUCUUCAUCGCUUGGGCAUAUGAAGUGAUCAAGUACAUGUACAAGGAUCAUCUGAUGGACGAUGUUCGCAUCACUCGUCUCAUGUACGAGGCUCAGCAGGUCAACUUGGUGGCGCUCAUGACGGCUUUGAACUACCGACAAGAAAGGCUGGCUUUCUACGGACUUGAGGAUGAGGAGCUGGACCUCGGCAUCCUUCGUGACAAUUACGAAGGCCUUUCCGAGCCAUGGACCGGCUGCCACUAUAUCACAAAUAACCUCAAGCGGUUGCUUGAGUUGAGUCACACGUGGCUUGACCAGUACUACCCCCCGAAGGAAAAGACCAAGGACAAGUCUAAGCAACCGGACCCUGCUCUGCUUGAGAAGAUCAACAAGGAGAUUUCCAAUCUGACCGACCAGUACUUGGUGUCUCUGCUCGAGGCUUCUCGGUGGAAUUCCGCUCAACUCGACGCCAAGACGCAGAAAUGGUCGGAACACUUGUCGAAGCUUUACGAUUCCGAUCGUAACGACAAGGUGCUUUCACUUUUGCGACUUGGCAAGUGGGACGAGAGCAUCAACAUUGCCGAGAAGCACCGCUGUUGGAGGGCCCUUGCUUUGGCUAUGAUCGAGCAAAUCAAUUCUCUUAGGACAGAGGCUACUAUUUCGCGAUCACAAGUCGAGGCUCGCGAACUCACCAACAAGGCCGAGGCGAGGGAAAAGCAGAUUGGCCAAUACUUCGAUAAGUACGGAGAGGCCUUCGCUUUUCCUAUGUACGAGAUUUUGUUGGACGGUGCCGGCGUUCAGGCAGUCCUCGACUUCCAGUACGACAACCAUGCGUACAGGACGAAGUUCCUCCGCCAAAAGCCUGAGCUCGCCAGAAUAUCUUGGAUCAACGACGUCCAAGGCGAGGACGACAUCGACCAUGCUGCGGAGACUCUACUUAACCUCGGCCUGACCCGCGAGCAACAAGUCUGGAACAAGAAGAUUGAGCUCAGUCUUGGCAAGCUUGCGCUGAUGGCUGAGUCUCCAGAGCCCUCAACUCCCGACCUCUUCGGACUCAAGCGAGCAGCCAGCAGCGAUAUCAAAGAACCCAAGAACGACGAGAAGCUGGAUACCAUCGACAACCAACUUGGGCUGAUUAGGAUUCAGGACCAGCUGUAUGCGCAGGUCUUCCCUUCAAUUCAAACGGCUGUCGACGAGACGGCCGAGGUCCAGCUUGCGAUGGAGAACCAUUGUGUGCAGAUUCCCAAGAAGCAGAAGGCUCUGAUCCAAGUCUUUGAGAACAGCAUGCGCCGACUCGUUAGGCAUGAGGCGCUCGAUGCUCUGUCUCUCAUCGAUCUGCUUACACUGAUCAACCUUCCGGCUGAGACCGCUGCUGAGAUCGCAGACCCCUUCUACCUGGCCCUUCUGGCCGCUUCGUACGGCCUCAAUGGAGAGGAGCUGAAGGAGGCCAAACGUCUCAUCUGGAGACGAUGCUUCAUCCGAGACGACUGGACGAAGAUCAAUGACACUCAAUUGAAGGACGACUCGGCUGUGGAGGAGAAGAUCACAAGCACAACACUCUUCAGCGCAUUUGCCUCUUGCUACCAGCAUCAGACAAUUGACCACCCGUUCCAGCCCUUCCGGCCAUCGGACGCGCUCGGCGCCUUCACCGAGGACCUGGACUCUCGUUUCGACAUUAUGGAAAAGUCGUACAGGGACAAGCUCCUCGACGCUAUGAAGUGGGAGGACUCCGUGUUGCGCAAGUACAUUGAGAAGGCGCGUCUGGAGGAAUGGACCCGCACGACGGCCGAGUCGGCCGAAGCGCUGGUUGCGGAAACCGUGGACGAAGCCACGCGGGCUGCCACCGAGGAGCUUCCGGAUCAGCACACGAACGGAAAAGCGAACGGCAUCCACUGA